UCGUUCCCAAUGAUCCCAAUCCAAGAGGCACCAUGACAUACUUCACGAACAUGAAUCGAUCUCGACAUUGUUAUCACAUCAAAACAUCGAAUGCUACCAAUAAAGGAACAUCCAACCCAACUGAUUUCAAUGCCCUACCUGAAGGAGUUGCUGGAUUUGGUCCGGUUGGCCGGCCUAUACCACCACAUAGAGAGCCGUUGUUACAUAGGCGGCACCAAAAUCAUAAUCGAGCUUGUCAGCAGGAUGGUACACAGAGACCCAUAUAUGUUUCUGUUAUGGAUAGGUAUAGGUUCAAUGUACAAUCCUCAUACCAUCUAAAAGAUGAAGAAGAUUUCCCACCUCUGUCUGUGUGAUUGUAGUCGGGCGGAGGACAUCUACUAGGAUCGGUAGCGGGAUUUCGGAAAUCGUGAAGGUGGUUGUGCAUGUAAUAUAUGCAUAAAGAAAAUGUUACAAAGUUUUUCUGUGAACACCUCAAACUUUGUUGUCAACAUAAACUAUAAGUUCUUGUUGUCUAUCCCAUA